AUGGAAACAGGAGAAGAACCGUGGUCAUGCAGUGACUGUGGGAAAGGCUUCAGCCAGAAGACACGCUUCAUAUCUCACCAGAGAUUUCACACAGGAAAGACUCCCUUUGUAUGUACUGAAUGUGGAAAAUUAUGUUCCCACAAGUCUGGUCUCAUUAACCAUCAGAGAAUUCACACAGGAGAGAAGCCCUAUAUAUGCAGUGAGUGUGGGAAAGCUUUCAGAGACAAGUCAUGCCUCAAUAGACAUCGGAGAACCCACACAGGAGAAAAACCAUAUGGAUGUUCCGAUUGUGGAAAAGCUUUCUCCCACUUGUCAUGCCUUGUUUAUCACAAGGGAAUGUUGCACACAAGAGAAAAACAUGAUAGUUCGGACAAGGUGGAAAAUUCUUUUCCAAAGAGUUCUACCUCCUCACGUACAAGUGGUGGAGUUCAGGAGGAAAACCCUGUUAAUACAGUGGCUGCGCAAGUGCAGACAUCAUUAAACACCUGUGGGCUCACAGCAGAUAGGAAGGCAGCCCAGGUGGGACAAACCUUUACCACGCAUGCACCCUCAGGAGACAAAACAGUUUGCACAGUAGAGAAACCUUACAAAUGUAGUGACUGCGGUAGUGCCAUCAGUGAUGAGUUACAUCAGAUUUUACGUCAUGAAAGAUGCACAGGAAAAGACUGA